GCAGCAGCCGAAGGGGACCUGCGGGGCCGCUGGACGUGCACGGGAAGGGGAGCGGAGCCACCUGCGACUGCUCCAAGUGCACCUCACCCUGUGCUGCUCCUGUGUGUCCAGGGCCGGCGGCACCAUGAGGCUGGCCGGACGAGAGGCGCUGCUGGCGGCGCUGCUGCUUCUGGCACAGCUGCGCCCGGGGAGCAGCCAGUGGAGCCCGGAGGAGGCGGCGGCGGCCAGUGUCCGGGACCCGAGUCUGCGCUGGAGCCCGGGAGCUCGGACCCAGGGCGGCGGGGCCCGCGCGCUCCUCCUGCUGUUGGCGGAGCGCUUCCCCCACCGCGUGGGGCCCGGCAGGUGGGGAGCUGCGACCUCAGGCGAGCGGCCGCGGCGGGAAGACCCUCCACUGUCCAUCGACCUCACCUUCCACCUCCUGCGGACCCUGCUGGAGCUGGCGCGGACGCAGAGCCAGCGGGAGCGCGCAGAGCAGAACCGCAUCUUAUUCGACUCGGUGGGCAAGUGACCCGCGGGGCCUGGGGCCCCGAAAACCUCGACCCCACCCCCCACCCCCGGGCUGGCACCUGCUCGACCGGAACUGACCCAGUCCCGCGGGGCUGGA